AUGACCGAGACGGAGAGGGCCCUCGUGGACGACAAGGCGGUGGUUGAUGGCCUGGCAGGUGGCAUCCAGCGAUACCUGGUGGCCUCGCCAUACCCCGAGGCAGACCAUCUGUUGGACCUCGAGACCCUGGACGCCGAGAACCAGCUGCUGGCAGAGGCACUGCUGGGCCUCAGGUGCCGGCGGGAGGACUACGCGACGGCAGCCUACGCAGACACCUUCAACUGGGACGAGGUGGUGGGCCGGGUGCGGGAGCUGGCAGCAGCCCGCAACCACAGGUGGAGGGAGACGUCGUGGUACAUUGUCGCCUUCCGGUCGCGGUAUGAGUCGGGCAUCGACUACAGCCACCUUGGCGACCUCGACAAGGCGGCACACGCCGAGGCCACAGCCAGCGGCGGCUUCCUCAAGUAUUGGUUCGGCACGCCCGACCAGAAUCUCCGCAACCUGGCGACGUGCAUCUGGCGCAGCCGCGAAGACGCCCGCAAGGGGGGCACGGGGCCUGCGCACAAGGAGGCCAUCAGGGCCGUCCGCACCAUGUACGCCGAGUGGAGGAUCGACCAGCAUCGCCUCAUCGUGCGAGACGGCGUGUCGAGCUGGGACCUGGUCCAGUGGACAGACUGA